UCUAAAGCAAAUUUCAAUAUAAAGAAGCAGAAUUUAUAUUCUAAUAAAUUGUAUAUUUCAAAAAUAAUGAGAUAAAUUAAUAACCCAAAUAUUUAGUAAAUUUCAAGUUUGCAACAGUAGAAUUAAAGCUAAGCAAACUAAUCCAUCUCUUAAAAAAUUACUGAUUAUUUAAAUGAUAACAAUAGACUUAUCAGUUAAGCGUACAUAUCUUAGUGCCAUGAGAAUUAUGAAUAAGCAUUAGAGUGUUUAGAUAAAUUAGUGUUUAGAAUGAUUGGAAUGAUGGAAAAUGCUGAUAAAAAUCAUAAAAUGCGAUAAACUAUUUAUGAAAACCGCGAAAUAUUAUCUGAAAUACAAAUUAAGUAAUACUAAGAGCUUUAUUAAGCAAAUAUCAACAAAAAUAUAGAUUAAAAUUAUUAUCUGGACUACUACUUGAGUAAUCUACCUGUUAAAAAAUAAAUAGAAAAAAAAUAAGAGAAAAAUAAAGUCCAAAAAGUGUAUUGGACAGAAUAAGAAAAAGCUCAAUUCAAAGAAGCACUUUAAAAAUUUGGCAAAAAAGAUUUAAAAAAGAUCUCAGAAUAUAUUGGAACAAAAAAACCAAUACAAGUAAGAUCACAUAUGUAAAAAUAUUUUAAAAGAUUAGAAAAGGAAGGAAAACUUCAACAAUAGUCAGAUAUAAAUAAUUCAAAUGAAAAAAACAGAAGUAAUGAGGAAGUCUAGCAUAUUGUAGGAGAAAACAUUUCGAGUAAUUUAUAAAAGAUAAAAAAAAAUCAAAAAAACUAAUAAUAAAAUAAUUUAUUAUUUGAUGUUAAUUAAGAAUAAAAAAUCUAAGUUAAUCAAGAAUAAAACUUAAAAAAUAAUUUAAAAAAUAAUGAUUGA